AGGUGGGCCUGCCUACCUGAACGAAUAGCUUUAGUUUCAACAACACGGGCGGUGGGACACGCUUGAUGUUUACGCUGCAGCAGCUGGUUGGAUCCGAGCGGGGCGGACAUUGCUGUGGCUGACAUAGCUCCGCACAGAGGAGGAAGCCGCUACCUGCGUCCACGCGACCGUGGCCGCCACGUCUCACAUGUGCACAAUUUGAUGAAGGUAACUGCAUAGCAACGACAGAACACGAUGGACAACAGUGAAGUUCGCAAUGGCCUAGAACGACCGCUCGACCCGUCCUACACGAACGGUAUGAGCAUGAGCAGCUUGUACGGCGUCGCCGGGUACAACAGCGGCGCCCCCUACAACGGCAGCAGCGGCGCGUACAUGAACAAGGCGGUCGAGGGCCAGCCGCCUGGCCGCAUGGAGCCGCCGGUCAGCAACAUGAGCUACGCGGUGAUGGACUACAACCGCCACUACCUGCCGCGCACCGCCGAGCACUCCGACUUCAACUCCUUCCGCAACUACAUCAUGAGCCGCAUCGAGCAGCCGGACUUCUCGCCGGAGCGCGGCGGCGGCAAGCGCGCCGACAGCAACGGCGACAAGCAGCUUGCCUCGCCGCCCUUCAGCUCCGCGUACGGCUACGCCGGUGCCAAGGACUCCACCGGCAGCGGCGGCGGGUACCGAGGCGUCCCUCCGGGUCUCGCCGACCAGCUGCCCGGCUACGGCCACGGACCGAAGGCGACCGAUUACGUCGGCAAUGGUCACGUCGUCGGUGGGCCGCCGCACGGCUACCUGACCGAGUACGGCGGUCUGUACGCGAUGCCCCCUGGUGAGCACGGCGGUGGCGGGCGGGCGGCAGGAGGCGCGGGGAAGCCCGGCCGCUACGGCCCGCCGAUAGCGUACCAGCUGGAUGUGACGAAGGGGUUGCCGCCGCUGCUGUCGCCGCAGCAGCGGACGCCGCCGCCACCGCCGCAAACCGCGCGCAAUCCAGCGUUGCUGGCCUGCUUUGCCAGCGGCUCCGACUUGCAGGCGAGCCUCAACUGCAGCAGUGGGGGCAACAGCAGCAGCAGCAGCAGCACGAGCAGCGUGUCGCCGAGCAUGUCGCUGCCGCCACAGCCCUCCCCCGUGCCCCCGUACCACACCCCGCAGCCGCCCUCCCCCGCCGGCACCCUUUCCGAGACGACACCACACAAGCAGCGUCCCGACGCGGAGGAGGAGCCCGGCGACGCGAAGGAGAAGGGCGCAGUCUCCGACGAGAAGGCUGCGGUGAAGGAGGACCCCGGCGACGACGAGGAGGAAGCGAUGGAUACGGGCGACGCUCUUCCUGACGACAUCUCGGCGCACAGCCCCGUCGCGGGGGAGGCCGCCGACAACCAGUCGGACACGGAGAUCGAGGGCAGCAUGAAGGAAGAUGAUGGCGGGAAGGAGGACAACGAGGACAUCGCCGACCCGAAGCCGGAGAAGCCCGACGGCGUGGAGGAGGAGACGGAGGAGGAGGAGAAGGAGGCGGCGGCGGCGACGACGACGAAGGAGGAGGGUGCCGCCGUGGAGGAGAGUCUGGACCCGGAGAAGCAGUUUGCUCUGGCCUUCGAGCAGGCGAAGGCGGCGAGCAUGCGCGCGCAGGCGGAGCUGACGAAGCGCAACCUGGAGCAGGCGGCGGCCGAGUUUGACGCGCACGAGGAGUUCAUGCCGAGCAUGGUCGAGGAGCGGCCCGACGCCGUCUACCGCUGCACGCUCUGCAGCUACUCGGGCACAUCGCGCUUCCACUUCAACUCGCACAUGAACACGCACUUCGACCACAAGUGCUCGCUGUGCGAGUACACGGCGCGCACGGAGGCGCGCCUCAAGAAGCACAUUCGCGAGCUGCACGGCGACGCGUCGGCGGCGGGCGAUGGCGGCAGCGGCGGCGCGCAGGCGCUGCGCGUGGCGCGCGUGAGCCAGAUGCCGCCGAAGCAGAAGGUGUACCGCUGCAAGCAGUGCGAGUUUACGGCGACGAACAAGAACGAGUUCUGGGAUCACUCGCGGCUCCACAUCAAAGUCGACAAGAUGCUGUCGUGCCCCAAGUGCAACUUCGUCACCGAGUACAAGCACCACCUCGAGUACCACCUGCGCAACCACUUCGGCUCGAAGCCGUUCAAGUGCAGCAAGUGCAACUACUCGUGCGUGAACAAGUCGAUGCUGAACAGCCACAUGAAGUCGCACUCGAACUUCUACCAGUACCGCUGCCAGGACUGCACGUACGCGACCAAGUACUGCCACAGCCUGAAGCUGCACCUUCGUAAGUACGGCCACAAGCCGGCGACCGUGCUCAGCGGCGGCGACAUGUUCGUGCUGCAGCAUCCCGAGCUGCUGCUCGGCCGGCGUGGCGCGCGCGGACCCAAGAAGAAGAUGUUCGGCCUGCCCGAGUUGCCGCCGGCGAUGAUGAACGGCGGCAUGCGGCACCCACCGUUUGGCUUCCCGAUUCCGCCGGGCUUCAACGGCCUGCCGCCGUCAAUGAUGGGCAGCCUGCUGAUGCAGCAGCAGCACAAGCCGUCGGCGGCGGCGCUGCGGGCCGGCGCGGUGGACGCGUCGCGCGGCGCCGGCGGCGAGCCGUGCCUCAGCUGCAACCUGUGCGACUUCCGCUCGAAGUACGCCGACCAGCUGAGCCGGCACAUGAUGCUGCACGCCGCCGCCGACAACCAGGACCUCUGCAAGCUCUACGGCAUCUCGACGGAGACGCUGAUGGCCGACGGCCGCCAGGUGUCGCCGGCCGUGCUGCGCGAGGGCCAGCUGUCGCCGGGCGAGGUGCGCCGCUGGGCGCAGGAGGCCGAGCGCAGUCAGCCGAGGAGCAAGACGCCGCCGAAGCUUUGUUCGGCGGCCGCUGUCGCCGCGGCGCUCUACAAGAACGUUGAGGGCGUCGACAAGGCGAAGGUGCUCGACCUGAGCCGCAACCACGACGUCAGUGCGAUGAAGGACGCACUCGACCAGAUCGGCGCCGUCAAGAUCAAGCAGGAGCCGGACGCCGGCGGCCGGGACGCCCCGCCGCCGCCGCCGCCAGAAUCGAGUCUUCCGGAGCCAGUGGCGGCGCCCUCCUCUGCCGCGUCGCCGUCGCGAAGCCGCCGCAAGGGCAAGGCCUACAAGCUUGACCGCAUCUGCAUGAAGCUGCAGAAGCAGUUCUCACCUGGCGGCGGCGGCAGCGGCGGCGGCGCCGAGUCGAACGACGGCUACAGCUCGGACUCGUGCGGCGCCCCCGCGGCCGGCGUCACCUAUGCACUCGAUUGCGACGCAGCGGCGGCAGCGGCCGACGACAAGGUCGAUCGAGAGCCGAGCGAGCAUGUGCACAGGGUCGCCGACGCUGACUGCGUCGCAAAGCCUCCGCCGCCACCGCCGCUCGGCCGCGCGAGCAUCAGCGCGAGUCCGGAGUACGAGGAGCAGUGCCAUCGCGGCUUUGCCGAGCAGCAGGCGCUCUACCACAGCCACCAGCUGUUCGGCGGCGGCGCGGCAAGGCGGCCGGAGCUGGGCAAGGCGUCGAUUGGCGCGCUCGUGCUGCGGCAGAUGGGCGGCGCCCGGCUCGCCGACGCGUGCGAGGCAUACGAGUGCAACUAUUGUGAAAUCUCCUUCAAGAACUGCGUGAUGUACACGAUGCACAUGGGCUACCACGGCUACCGCGACCCGUUCAAGUGCAACAUGUGCGGCCACCAGGCCGAAGACAAGAUCUCAUUCUUCUUGCACAUCGCCAGGGUGGCGCACAUGUAGAGCACCGCCCCCGCGUGCCGCGCGGCGUGCCCCGGUCACGUCCACGUACCGCGUAGUGCGUGUCCCCGUACUCGAUGCCGCAUCCUACCUUUGACUCAUGCCAAUCCAUCAACUACCGGACCUCUACUGUUGCAAUAACUGUCCGAUCGACAGGACGUGGCUGGCUUGCUCGCUGGCAGACACAUUCGGUGUGCUAUCAUGCAUAGGUCUCGUGCAAGGUAUUCAGGUUUAAAAACUUCUGAGGAAAAUUCAUAAUCCGUAAUGCGGUCUCGGUUGGAGAUGGUACACGGACAGUUCUUUCCAUAGACGAAUUAAGAGAUAGUAACCAGUAUAACUACAUGCCUUAGACGGAAAAAUGAAUGUAGUAUUUAGUGUGUCCUUCCCCAUGGCCUUUUGUAGCUAGCUAAAUUCCAUAAGUAUUAUGGGUAGUAAGUGAAAAUGUUACUAUCAUGCAUGUACCAAAGAUAUAACACUCUGGGAAGAUGGCUUUCUAGGACGUGAAGAUGUCAGCAUGUUCUUGCCGUAACAAGAGGCAACCCUGAAGGUGGUGCCACGAUGAUUCUUCUGAGGUGGCAAAUGCUUGGCGUUAGUCUGGAGAAAUACGAGGCGCGCACAAUCUAUCUAUACGUGUAUUCUUGAAUGUUGACUGUACUUAUGGUCGGUUAUUUAUUAAUGGUAACUAUUGAGGCUUAUGCUGGGAUGCGUUCUCAGUAGAGUUAUUCCUGUAUCAGUAGAUACUCGUCGUUUUCCGUAAUACGCUGUGGAUCCUUAUAUAUGCGUAUUGUGAACGUUGAAUUCAGGAAAGAGUAACAUGCAAUACUGGCUAAAUCUAAACUCGCCAAAGAACUUCUGCCACUAUUUAUAGUGAUAGGAGAUAAAUAUGUUAUGGUAUAACGCAAUGGCAGGACGUAUUCUGUGAAACAGAUGCCUAGCUGGUGGUUUGCUGUGAAUAGAGGGUCCCAUAAUCCAAACCCGUUUGGCCAGCGUUGCAUGCAAGUAGUCUUCCUGUGGCCUGUGUUCCUGAUGACAUUUAUAUGUUCACUGUUCGAUGUUUGUAAGGUUCGGAGGUUUUCUUUUUUUUUCUUUGUAAAUAAUUUAUAUUUAUGUCGAAACUGUAUAAAUAUAGUCAGGGAUGCAGUGAUAUUGACUCGUGGUGUCCAGAAGAGAUAUUGCUCAAACUUUGUUAUUUCAAACUUUAUCUGAACUCAGGGGUGUUUGGGAAGGUUUUCUCUGGAUACUACGUGCUCAAGUGGGGGCGUCUGUCGUGUGUGUGUGGUCUCGCCACCGCUUGCCUAAGGCCUGCAGCUGCAUUGCGAGACGAACUUAGAGCUGGUCAGCGCUGUGUAUUUUUUCUGUUGGGAGACGUCCGUGGUUGGCGCUUCGUCCAGGGGGCGCCUGCAGAGCUAGCGUGUGCCUCGGCGACGCCGGGCAACCUCGCUCGUUGCAAUGCGGUGUCGCGCGUGAUCUCAUGACGGUUGGCUGAGUGUGUACACUAAGGAUCAACCCUCUUUUCAAUUUGACAUCUUCCAGAAUUCCAAAACUUUGUUUUUGUUGUGUUUUGUAUGGUCAGGAGAUCGCGACCUUUUUGAGGCUGGUCGCUGUAUACGUUAAUGUGUGGAAUGAGUGUCGUGUAGUCGGGACUGCUAUUGCACUCAUUCAUAUCAUUGUUUCACAGUGAGUUUUAUGGACCAGCAAAGGAACGAAAUGUUAUGACUUUAUCAUAGGUUUUUCAUUAUAUUUGAUUACUAGUUAUCAGUGAGGAGUUGAAUAUUAUUUUACUACUGUUGUAUCUGUCGUUAUGGAAGGUAAUGCAGGGGCGAGGGAGAUGUGUCCAUGACAUUGUGUUUGUGCUACAUAUUAUACUCAGUGUCAUAAUACUAUGCCUUAGGUCAGUCAUCAGGGUUCAGAGUUUCUGCUGGCUAUUUUGUAAUAAUAGACUCAGUGGCACCGCCCUCGUGGCCGACGGAGCAGUUUAUUUUCAGAAGUUUAUAUUUUUUCCAGGAGGGGAGCUUCUCGGCCACGAGGUGGCGCAUGUGAUGAGUCUGUACUGGUGUUGUUGAUGAUCAAAAUAGUGGUGAUACGCUGUCAAAUCACAGUUUGAAGUUAAUUUGCUCAAGACGUGGUGUCUGUGAUUGCAGCCAGUGGUAUAAGGAGAUACACAGUACAGACAUGUCAGCACUUGGGUACGUGCAUGUAUAAAUACACACAAACACACACAUAAAAAAAAUAUGUAGGUAUGCAUGUAUAUAUAUCAUAGAUUUUUAUAUAUAUAUAUAUAUAUAUAUACGUAUGUAUGUACUCCUGUAUGUGUAUAUGUGUUACACAGUGCAACUUGCACUUGUAUUAUAUUGGCUGCAGCGAAUAAGUAGCAGGUCUCCCUCUUGCUGUCCGCUUUACUGCAGAUCCCAGGUUCAGAAAAAUUACUGUCUCUGUGGUUUCACUUUUGCGGGCCACUCAUCCUACCGUUUGGACUGGCACAUAAACAAUGUGCAUAUAAUCUAGUUAUAUUGUGAUGUUUCCUCACCUGCCCUGGGAGACACUGUAACAACCUCCGAAUUGUUGAAAGAUCACCUAGUGGUGGACAUACCUCUACCGUAGGCGCCCACGAGACCACCUUACGUCGGUGCUGGUGCCCAUAACGUUGUUACGGCGUGUUGCGGUAAUCUUUCUAACAGAAUUGGGAAUUUUCGUCGCAUUUGUUCUCGGUAUCACAGGUAUAGUUCCGUUAAAUGCAAUACGUAGCAUCAGUGGGCAAACUUCACUUUUUUCACGUGCACCUGUAGGCGUUGACGUACAACCUACAGCGAUUUCCUCUGGUUUCUGCGGGAGAGCCGUUUGCGAGCCGACAGACGUGUUACAUUCACACUGCAGCCCUUACUAAAACUAUACCGAAUAUUACCUCAGUAAGAAACACACUGUAUGUCUACAUUGUCUAUAUUUCCUUUGCAUAUUCUAUCAAUACGGGUUUAAAUGUUUUAUGAAAUACUAUAUGUUUAUAUUGUGAUUGCAAAAGCCGUCAGAUGGGAGACGUGCCUCUUCUAGAGCGUAAGGAGACCUUAUCUCACGAAGUGCAGAUACGAGCCGCUCUCUCUCUCUCUCUCUCUCUCUCUCUCUCUCUCUCUCUCCUCUCUUCUCUCUUCUCUCUUCUCUCUUCUCUCUUCUCUCUCCCCCUGUCUAUCUCUCUCUCUCUUUCUUUAUCGAUGUGUAUGCGUGUCACCCCAGAUACUCUCUAUCUCUCUUUAACUCUCUGCCUUUCCCUUCCCCCCUCUCUUUCUCUCUCUCUCUGUCUCUCUCACACAAUUUCUCUCGGAGUACACGGAAGGGAAGCGUGCGUACUCUAUGCGUCCGUGCGGGAGGAGAGAGGGAAAGAUAGAGAGAGAGAGAGAGAGAGAGAGAGAGAGAGAGAGAGAGAGAGAGAGAGAGAGACAUGGUUCGCGCAGUCGGCUUGUGUCGGCUCGGUCUCCCACUGGCGAUCUUCGCAGCGUGUAUCAUAGCUUGUCAUGUUAUUAUCGUCAUAAACAGUAUUGUAAACAGUUGCGUGGCAGGGAUGGAGAUAAAGCUCACGUAAAGCGCGGGAACGUAUAGUUGUCGUAUCUAAACACUACGUACAUAACGUAUUAGUAGCCGUAGCUUGCAUAUAAUCCUAGCAUCGUGUAUACUGAAGAUAGAGAGUAGCGUCGUAGAUAUGUUUAUAGUUUGCUACAUGUGUCAUGCCAACCAACCAGCUAUAUGAGCCGCAAUCAAAGUGAUUCAAAUCAAAAUGAUGAGGACGUCGGCAGUGAUACUGUCCGAUUAAUUGAUUGCUGAUGUAUCAGGAUCCAUGAUUAAUUUAUUUUCAUUUUGCUUGCUAAUUUGUUUAGCCUAUUUAUUUUACCAAAUCAGGAGUUAAGAAUUGUGACUGUGUUACUGUGAUGAAUCAGUGAAGGAGAGAGAGAUAAAUAUAGCAGGAAUUGCUGUCAGUUUCUCUGUAGUAAAUUUGAUUUUUGGGUGAUACCAUUUGACCUCUGUGUUCCUUAAAAGUAAUAUUUUAUUAAUGGAAGUAGGAAAACGACCUGGUUGGAUAUAUUUACUCUAAUCUUUCAGAACGUUUUGGAAAGCGAGAUCACAUAGUACGCAAGAUUUCAAAAUUUUACAACGACGCGUAGAGGUAAUCACUUUUUUUUUAACUUUUUAAUCAGCGAACUGACGAAACGUUAACCACCGAAUACAUCCAGCUGGAAAGGUCGUUGGUUUGCAGUCGCGAUGUCAUCUCAUGCCUGCCUUUAAGUAGGGAUGUCACAUUGUACAUGUCUUCGGGUAGAGCCACAUGGCUCAAAUAAGACGCAUAAAACCAUAGAAAUAAUAUCAGGAGUUAAUAAUGACAAAUUAGGACAGUCAUUAUUAACUCCUGAUAAUAUAGAUAGAUCUAUCUAUAUAUAGAAAUAUAGAUAUAUAUAUAGAUCUAUAUUAUUUCUAUGCAUAAAACGAACCUAUUCUAUACGCCACACAGAGGGAGUGACGCCGCGCUGUUUAUAUUGAGAACGCGUUAGUUCACAUGACUGGAAAUCAUUUUGUCUUUAAUAAUAAUGCAUCCUGAUGAGUAAUCUUGCCUGGAGACUUCAUGGACAUCGUCAUCGCGGCCUAUGUUUCCCAACAUCGUGCCACGUGAUCAUCUAGUCAUGCAAGACUGCAGUAUUAAAAUCUAAAAUUACCAAAGAGGUAGGGAAAAUUCGAUAUACGAAAUUUGUCGUUAUACAGUAUAGUUUAGCUGUCUUUAGGUAAAUUGUUUGUGCCUGUUCCUCAUCAGCUGUUUGUUAUAGUGCAAGUCUUGCAAAGGGUCGUUGUGUACUAGUACAGUAGUUCCUGGCUUGUUCUGUACAUCCAGCAUUGCUCCAUGCUCUACAGUACGUUGCCACUGUACAGCCGUGUUGUGAUGUGGAAUAAAAUAGCAUUCAAUCGAUA